AUGAACUCAUUCACGUCGAUCAAUGUGAUCGAUAAGAUCAAUCAGAAGAUUGAAUGUAUAGAUACUUGGGAUUACAAGGACAGGAAGAAGCUCCUGCUUGGAACUUAUGAAGGUUUAGUCAUCGUCUAUGAAGUUGCCGAGAAGAUGACAUACAAUGCGCAUGAAACACCUGGCAAUGUGUCAAUGAAGUUGUUUGAUACAAAGGCAUUGUCAAAGAAGCCAAUAUCACAGAUGAAUGUGUUGGAGCCUUAUAAUGCAUUGGUUAUAUUGACGGAUGGUGAGAUAAAGGUGUUUGACUUGGUGAACAACUAUAAUCAGAAGGCACCACUCAACAAGGCAAAAGGAUGCAGUCUCUACGCCAUCAGUCAGAACGGUUCGUACACAUCGUUGUGUGCCGCCGUCAAGAAGAAGCUGAUCACUUACGCUUGGGAUGGCACCGACUUUGUCGAGGCCAAGGAGUUCAACAUACCCGACACACCCAAGACCAUCGACUACCGUGACAACUACAUCGUCGUCGGUUUCAAAAAGUCCUACAACAUCAUCAACACCAUAGAUGGCAGUGUCUUCAACUCUGACACUGACAAGAUCUCCUUCCUCACCUUCUUCCAAGACAAGGAGUUCCUCAUCGUCAAGCACAACUUGGCAUUCUUUAUCAAUUGUGUGGACGGCAAGCCGAAUAGGAAGUAUGGACUCACAUGGUCUGACUCGCCAGUGAGCUUGACGAUCAAGUAUCCAUUCAUUAUAUCGAUUGAACCAAAGCAGAUUGAGGUCCAGAUCGUUCCCGAGUCAAAGGGUAUAUCACAGACGAUGUUCUUGCAAGGCUGCAAAUCGAUCGCUGCCAAGCAUGAUAUAUACGUGGCCUCCACCUCGACUGUUUGGAGACUGAACCCUGUGCCCACGCUGGACCUUGUCGACCAGCUCGUGGCCAAUCAAGAGUUUGAGACUGCCAUCAAUGUGUUGAACAUUGCACCAGACACUCUGGCGGGCAAGCGCGAGAAGCUGGCAAAGACCAGGAUCAAUGCCGCCCACGCACACUUUGCCCGUGAGCAGUAUGCCAGUGCCAUGGAACUUUUCCUUGCCGCACAGUUUGAUCCACUCAAAGUGAUCGCUCAGUACCCUGGCUUCCUGCCACCCCUCCUUCAAGACAAGAUUGCCAUCACGACUCAAGUCAAGGACAUUGAGAAGAAUGACACAGCACUGAGUGCUCUGGAGACCUUCUUGGUGGGCAUUCGCAAGGAGUUACAGAAGCCUGAGAAGCCACCCUACAACCUGAACCCACCAGAGCUUGCCAACUCUGGCUACGACCUACCAACACUGAUCGAUACGACCAUCCUUAAGAUCUACAUCAAGCUCAAGCCCAACCUUAUCUCCAUCUUCUUCAAUCUGAAGAACUGUCUACACAUCGAGGAGUCACAGAGAGUUCUAAAAGAGGAGAGGAAAUUCGCUGAGUUGGUAUUGUUCUAUCAAUCAAAGGCAAUGCAUAGGGAGGCACUGACAUUGCUGGCAAAGAAUGGCGAUGCAAAGGAGACGAUCAACUAUCUCUGUCAACUGGGUCCACAACAUCUCUCAGUCAUCUUGGAGCACUCUAAAUGGGUCUUGCAAAAGUCAACUCAGGAUGCUAUGUUUAUAUUCACUACAGAGCGUAAGGAAGAACUCCCACCUGACCAGGUGAUCGCACAUCUGGAGAAGUAUGCCUCCAAUCACUUGAUGGAGUAUCUCGAGUAUAUUAUCAAUAGACAGUUUGCCCAGGUACAGGCUACUGCUCAGGCAGCAGCGCAAGCAGCAGCACAGGGACUUCCAACGCCACAGGACAAGCCACUCAUAUUCCAACAGGACAAGGCCCCGAUAUAUCAUAACAGCUUGAUCCUUGAGUAUCAAAGCAAGAUCAUGACGUUGAUCCAAGGAUCACUUGUACCAAGAGUGCCAGGCGAGACUGUGGCUGGAUCUGAACCAGGCUUGCUUGGUCAACUGCGCACCAAGCUCAUCAACUUCCUCCAGACCUCCAAGUACUACCUUCCCGAGAAGCUGCUGAGCAGAUUCCCUACCAACGACUUGUACGAGGAGAGAGCCAUUCUCUUGAGCAGGAUCAGCAGACACGACCAGGCAUUGGCCAUCUACGCGCACAAGUUGAUGAACUUUAAGAUGGCUGAAGAGUACUGUGACAGGAACUACAACAAGGACAAGGACGAAUCGAAGGAUGUCUACUUGUCACUUCUCAAUGUCUACUUGAAGCCAGAGGCUUCCAUCAAGCCUCAGAUCGAGCCAGCAUUGAAGCUAUUGAACAAGCACUAUCGAUCGAUUGAUACACCCAAGGCCCUAGGUCUACUACCACUCAACAUCCCAAUCCAGGAGCUCUAUCCAUUCUUUGAGGCUGUCAUCAGGGACAACACUCGUAUCAAGAGAGAGAGUCAAGUUGUAAAGAAUCUGCUCAAGGCAGAACACGCCAAGAUUAAAGAAGAGCUCAUUCAUCUGCGUGCUGGCGUCAUCAAGAUCACCGAUGAUCUGAUUUGUCCAUACUGCAACAAGAGAUUUGUUGGAACGAAUGCAUUUGCUGCACAGCCCAAUGGUGUGGCAAUACAUUAUGUCUGUUUCCAGAACCAACAGGCCUCUCUAAAGAACAGCGUCAGUCAGAAUAAUCUGAACACUCUAAACAACAACAAUACGAAUGCCAACAACAACAGCAUCAGCAACAACAACAUCAAUAGCAUCAACAAUAUCAACAACAUCAAUAACAACAAUAGCAGCAUUAAUCUCAACAACAGCAACAUCAUGAUCAACAACAACUAUAGCAAUGGCAACUCGUCCAUGUCCAACAAGAACCCCUUCCUUGGAGGAUACAACUAA